UGAUGGAUACUCUAAUAAGUUACUGUCAUGAAUAAUGUCAAUUUGUUUUAGUUGGAACCAAAUAAGAUUUAAAUUCAUAGAAUACUUAAAUAUUAAAUCAAUUUUUCUUAGAAUUAUAACAAAAAUAUCAAAACUUAAAACUAUUAUUAACAGUGUCAACCUAUAAUGAAGAUUCAAUAAAAUAAGCAUUCUAAAAAACCUUUGAAUUGGGGGCUAGUUUAGAUAAAUCUUCAAUAACAAUUUUAUAAGUACAUAAAUUAAUUUUAUAAAGAGUUUUAUUUUGUAAAGAAAUGAAAAUUAUUCUGUUUUAAAGAAAUGUUCAGAUAGAGAAAGUAAAGUAUAAAAACAUGAGAAUUGUUGUUGA